AUGGACGGCCAGAAAGCCUGGAAGACAUUCACGAAGACCUCCUCGCCACAAACCAACGCCCGAGCCUACCGUUUAAGCCCGCACUUCCGCGAUUCAAAGGAGCCAGCCCUCGAUGCCGUAGACAAGAUCGACAGCAUGUCGGAGGAUGCCCAGGAGUUUGACUUUCGCCAGCCGCACAGAGUCAACACCAGAGUCCAAGGGUUCAUCUCAGAUCCUCUGACCGAAGUGGCCCUCUACCUGCGCGCCAGCUUGUUCUACUUUAAUCUAGAAAAGAUUGAGCACUUGGCCGAGAGUCAAAUCACCAGCUUUGUGGGAAGCAUACACUGUCGUCUUUAUGGAGGCACUGCCCCAUUGGACCUUCUUCUCGACAAGACAUCAGAGUUCAAGAUCCUAAACAGCCGCAUGCCCGUCCCAGAGACAGACCCAAUGAAUCCUUUCCGGCUGCCCAUCACUAUCAACAUUAGCUCGGAACAUCUGGGGAGGAUGGUUGAUUUGGAGGUUCUGUUUAACGAUUCUAUUGUCUUUGUCCCGAUCAGUGGGUUCCCCUGUUCGACACGGGAUCUGAUCAGUGCGUUUGAUCGACCCUUGGAAGCCCGUGCCCAGUGA